AUGGACGAUGCCGAAAAACAAUCUUCCGCUGUCGAUGCCACUUCCACUCCGUCAACACAAGAAGGCCAUGAAUACAGCAUCUCCACAAAGACAAAAAUGAUUUGCUUGGGACUAUACUUUUGCAUGAACCUAGGCUUGACAUUAUACAACAAAGCCGUAUUGGGCAAAUUCAACUUUCCUUGGUUGUUGACGACUUUCCACACAACCUCUGCGGCAUUGGGAUGUUGGAGUAUCAUGCUCAUUGCCCCUGACCAGUUGAAACUAUCCCAUGUGGGGAGAAAGGAACAAUGGGUGCUGGUGGCAUUCUCGGUGCUUUUUACCGUCAACAUUGCUAUCAGUAAUGUUUCGCUGGCUAUGGUUUCUGUGCCUUUUCAUCAAAUUGUCAGAUCUACCACUCCUGUGGCUACCAUUCUGAUCUACAGAUGGUUGGGACGCAAUUAUGGAACUAUGACUUAUGUGUCACUGAUCCCCAUUGUUGCGGGAGUGGGUUUGAGUACCUAUGGCGAUUAUUACGCCACUUUGCUCGGAGCAUCUCUGACAUUCCUGGGUGUCUUUUUGGCCGCGCUCAAGACUGUCGCGACCAACAAAUUGCUCACCGGAAGUCUCAAAUUACCGGCUCUAGAGCUACUGUUGCGCAUGUCGCCGCUGGCUGCCGUGCAAAGUCUUCUCUGGGCUACAGCGACUGGAGAAGUCUCUCAUUUCUUGGACUUCAUCGCUGAAGGCAAUCUUUCGACUUCGCUCAUCAUUGCACUGCUUGGAAACGGAUUUUUGGCUUUCUUGCUCAAUGUCACCAGUUUCCAGACCAACAAGUUGGCUGGUGCGUUGACGUUGAGUGUUUGUGGCAACGUCAAGCAGAUCUUGACGGUUAUUCUGGGAAUCGUGCUGUUCAAUGUCAAUAUUGGACCUAUGAACGCUGCGGGCAUGAUCGUUGCGCUUGGAGGAGCUGCGUGGUACAGCAAGGUAGAGUUGGAUGUCAAGAGAGCUGCUUCUAGAUCCUAG